GUUGUUUAUGCUGAUGCGCAACCUCAUCCUGGUCGUUGUCCGCGGUUGAACACGCCACCUCCUGAACCAACUGAUGACAGUUGUCAUUGGGUGGUUAAAGUGGAUUUCCGUGGAUGUCGUUAUUAUUUCGAAGAAUGCUGGAAACCCAACAUGUGUACUGGAAAGAAUGAAAUGCUAUGGAUAUGCUCAUCGGAAUGUCCACCAACAUGUGCUGAAAAAUGGCCUGGUUGUGGAGAGCAGUGUGGAUCUCCGUGCUGCCAAUGUGUUGGAGGCUAUGUGCGUGAUUCCAGAGGAGUUUGUAUUCCGAUACAAGACUGUCCAGAUGAAAAUCCUCCAGCUCUCUGUGGUCCAAAUGAACGUUUCGUCAACUGUAGUUCAUUGUGUGAGCCUACUUGCCAAUCGAAACCCAACCAACCAUGCCCAUAUGUAUGUGGACCACCGAAGUGCGAAUGUCUACCGGGAUACGUUCGUGAUCAAGGCAAAUGCAUCCUCCCGAAACAAUGUCCAUCUGCAGAUCCAACCUGUGGUCCAAAUGAGGAGUUCGUGACGUGCAGUUCAGCGUGUGAGCCAACAUGUGAAUCGCCGCCUAACCAGCCCUGCAUCUUGAUGUGUGGCCCACCGAAGUGUCAAUGUCGUCCUGGCUUCGUUCGUCACCAAGGAAGGUGUAUUCUUCGUAGCCAAUGUCCAUCUGCUGACCCAAAACCGACGUGUGAUCCAAACGAGCGCUUUGUGGAGUGCAGUUCAUUGUGUGAACCUACCUGUGAAUCGCCCACUGGUCAACCUUGCGUGAAAAAGUGUGGACCACCAAAAUGUGAAUGUCUUCCGGGAUUUGUUCGAGAUCACGGAAAAUGUAUACCGCCUGAUCAGUGUCCAUCUAUUGGUCCUCCAGCUAUCUGUGGUCCAAAUGAACGUUUCGUCAACUGUAGUUCAUUGUGUGAACCUACUUGCCAAUCGAAACCCAACCAACCAUGCCCAUAUGUAUGUGGACGCCAAAAUCCAACCUGUGGUCCAAAUGAGGAGUUCGUGACGUGCAGUUCAAAGUGUGAGCCAACUUGUGAAUCGCCGCCUGACCAGACCUGCAUCUUGAUGUGUGGCCCACCGAAGUGUCAAUGUCGUCCAGGUUUCGUUCGUCACCAAGGAAGGUGUAUUCCUCGUAGCCAAUGUCCAUCUGCUGACCCAGAACCAGAAUCGACCUGUGGUCCAAACGAACGGUUUGUGAAGUGCAGUUCAUUGUGUGAACCUACCUGCGAAUGGCCCACUGGUCAACCUUGCGUGAAAAAGUGUGGACCACCAAAAUGUGAAUGUCUUCCGGGAUUUGUUCGAGAUCAAGGAAAAUGCAUACCGCCUGACCAGUGUCCACCUAUUGGUGCGUCUUGA